UCUAGAGCACUUUAUGAGAUCAUUCCAAUCUGCCGCGUUUUUUCCCUCCCCGCCUUCUGCUUUUUCUCCCCCAUACUUCUCUUUGUGCAUGCGUGUAUGUGUGCAUGUGUGCAUGUGUGGGUGAGUAAUCCUUCCCCCUUUUCUUCUUACAUACAUACGUACAUCUACACCAAAGCAAGAUUCCUGCUAACAUGAACUUGAAGACUUGCUCUACCCGCACGCUUGUGAUACCCCGGGAUGUCAUGGGAUCCAUCUGCUUGAAAAGCCUUCAGGCUGCUGCGGUCAGUCAUUCAAAAUAAGUGUUUUGGAAACAACAGAAAACAAGUUUAUUCACUUUCUUUUUUACACGCUCACACACAGACACUGGUCCUCUAUUCUCCCUUUUUUUAUCCUCCUUUUUCUGUGCUGUGGAUAUUUUUGAGUAAGGAGUCUCAAGGAUUCUGUUGUUUGGACUACACUGAAUCAAAUCCCAUCUGCCGAGGUUUCUUCAUUUUUGCAUCACUAGACUGACUAAGGAUUUUUAAAAGAUUAUUUUUAUAUCUUUGCCUGAAGGAGGAGGGAAAGGAUGAAUGGCAUAGCAAGAACAACUAAAUUUCUUCCAGAAAUUGACUUACUGAACCAAGGAUAAAUGUGAUUCCUCAAAGAAGCCCUUUGUGAUGUAUACACACUUCAAAAGAACUGCAUUGAAUCACACCAGCAGUCCAUGUAGCAAUCUGCCCUUCAUGAUGGCCAACCAUAAACAACAAGCAAUUUCACAAGCAAUCGCAGAUAAAUGAAGCAGUGCAAUUAUUUAGCCCAGGUUGGCCAUGUUGCUGAACACCUUGAGUGCAGCAUAUGAACAAUUACUGAGUGGCAGAAGAUUGUGGCUGCGUUUUCCGACAUGGGUCUUACACUAUAGCUUCUGCAUCGCUCAUUGUUUAAUAUUCAGUAGAGCUCUGACAUAGAGUUAUCUGAAAAUCAAAUUGUUCCAGACAACAAAAUGCUCUACAGGUUUGAUUCUGGAUAUUAGCUUGGCUGCAUUUUCAAAAUAGAUAGACUCAAGACAACAGAUUGCAAGUAACUUUCAACACAUGCAUUUGCAAGCAUACAAAUUCCAAUAGAGAGAGGUGAAACAGGCUGAUCUUUUGUGGAAAGUAGGAGGGAAGGAUGUCAUGCUUCGCCCAAAGGCCUAUCUGGAAAUUCCCACCACCCCUUUAGGUGACAACAACCACAGUGGCAGUGACUGUCUUUCAAGGAACACUACUGUUUGGAGAGUAUUUAGAAUUAUGUGGCAAUGAUGAAAUAGCUACAAAAAAAUCGUACUGGUGAUGAUUUGAGCCCAGCCAAUUCUUCUUCAGGCCCCAUCGUUGAUUUACCAUGGAAAAACUGUUCUGCAGCAUCCUGGUGUUUGGAGUGGUUGUUGCAGUCAACGCCUGUCCAAAAUACUGUGUUUGUCAAAAUCUGUCUGAGUCACUGGGAACUCUCUGCCCUUCAAAGGGACUUCUUUUUGUACCACUAGACAUAGACAGGAGGACUGUUGAACUCCGACUUGGGGGCAACUUUAUUAUUAACAUCAGCAGACUGGACUUUGCUAACAUGACUGGCCUUGUUGACCUCACAUUGUCUAGGAAUACCAUCAGUUACAUUCAGCCCUAUUCUUUCAUUGAUUUAGAAAGCCUACGAUCUUUGCAUUUAGACAGUAAUAGGUUGCCUGACAUUGGGGAGGAUAUUUUGAGGGGCUUGAUUAACCUUCAGCACUUGAUUCUAAACAACAACCAACUAAAUUAUAUUUCAGAUGAAGCUUUUGAAGACUUUCUAUUUACCUUAGAAGAUCUGGAUCUUUCUUAUAAUAACCUCAGAAGCAUCCCUUGGGAAUCCAUCAUGAAGAUGAUAAAUUUGCACCAGAUUAGUUUGGAUCAUAAUUUGAUAGAUUAUAUCACAGAGGGCACCUUUGCUGAUCUUCAGAAACUAGCCAGGUUGGAUCUAACUUCCAACAGACUUCAGAAGCUUCCUCCUGAUCCCAUUUUUGCCAGGUCUCAAAUAUCUCCAUUAACUACAACUCCAUUUUCCCCACCUUUAUCUCUAAGCUUUGGAGGAAACCCUUUGCAUUGUAACUGCGAGCUACUGUGGCUACGGCGUCUGGACAGGGAUGAUGAUAUGGAAACUUGUGCUUCUCCUCCAGGUUUAAAGGGAAGAUAUUUUUGGUAUGUCCGGGAGGAGGAAUUUGUUUGUGAGCCCCCUCUGAUUACUCAGCAUACUCACAAAUUGUUAGUUUUAGAAGGACAAACUGCCACUUUAAAAUGCAAAGCUAUUGGAGAUCCAUCUCCCAUCAUUCACUGGGUGGCACCAGAUGAUCGACUUAUGGGCAAUUCUUCAAGAACAGUAGUUUAUGACAAUGGCACUUUGGAAAUCCUUAUCACAACCUCUAAGGAUUUUGGAAUGUUUACAUGCAUAGCAGCAAAUGCUGCUGGAGAAUCUACUGCAACAGUUGAGUUAUCCAUUGUCCAGCUUCCACAUCUCAGCAAUGGUACAGGCCGGACAGCCCCUCCUAAAUCAAGACUUUCUGACAUCACAAGUUCCAGCAAGUCUAAUCGAGGAGAAAACAAGGGGCCUCCAGAUAGGGCAGUCUCAGUUUCUGAGGUGACAACUACUUCAGCUUUAGUCAAAUGGACAGUAAGCAAGUCAGCUCCAAGAGUUAAAAUGUACCAGCUACAAUACAACUGCUCUGAUGAUGAAGUUCUAAUUUAUCGGAUGAUUCCAGCUACAAAUAAAGCCUUUGUGGUGAACAACCUGGUUUCUGGAACAGGCUAUGAUCUUUGUGUUCUGGCCCUGUGGGAUGACACUGCCACAACACUCACUGCUACCAACAUAGUAGGCUGUGCCCAGUUCUACACCAAAGAGGACUAUCCCCAGUGCCAGUCCAUGCACAGCCAGUUUCUGGGUGGGACCAUGAUUUUAAUCAUUGGAGGCAUCAUUGUGGCUACUCUGCUGGUAUUUAUCAUCAUACUCAUGGUGCGGUACAAGGUUUGCAACAACAAUCCUGGCAAGAUGGCCAAUGUUAGCAAUGUCUAUUCUCAAACAAAUGGAUCUCAACCUGUCCAGAAUGGAGUCCUGCCACAAGUGAAUCCCAAAGUUGUGGUAAGGAAUGAACUCAUGGAGUUUAACUGUGAGUCAGCACACAGCAGUAUCUCUUCUUCCUCUAGUUCCAUGAACAGCCGUGACUGUGAUGGCUAUAGCCUCCAAAGUGAGCAGGGCACAUUGUCCAGUAAAUGGAGGCCCCCAUCAAGAUCAAAGCAUCACAAUAUUGAUCGGCUCAUGGGAGCUUUUGCCUCUCUGGACUUGAAGUGUCAGAAAAAAGAGGAAACAAUAGACUCAAGAACUUCUACAGUGGUCCGUCACUCAGAUAAGGAGCCACUUUUGGGUCAGCAGGAAUCCAAAUUUCGUAGCCUCCUCAUGUUGCCACUGGAGGGUAAAACUAAGCGUAGCCAUUCUUUUGACAUGGGGGACUUUUCCACUUCUCAGUGUUGCAACUACCCAAAAAAAAUCACAAACAUUUGGACAAAACGUAGUUUGUCAGUGAAUGGUAUGCUUUUACAGUACAAUGACAGUGACCUGACAGAAUCAAAGGGAACUUAUGGGAGUUCUGAGUGGGUCAUGGAAAGCACAGUGUAAAUAGAAGUUGCCCUCCAUUCCAUUCUUAGUCCUAUCAAACAUAACCAAGUCCAUGAGUUCAAAAGGCCAUAAAUGUGAUAGAAGGAAAACAAAAACACACACACACAUUCAGCCACAUAUUGGUCAAUAAGUAUUAACAUAAAAAUUCAAGUGGAGUAAAAGAAGUUAUGAGACGUUUAUAGGAUGUGUGCAUGUGUGUAAGGAGAUGGUGAUAUGCCCUCAACAUAUUAUUUAUAUUUGUGUGAAUGUCUCAAGGAAUUCACUGGAAACAUUCAGUGCUAUCCCAGUUUCCCAGUGAACUGUGUAACAAAAUUGAAAGAGGAUUAAUGCUGGUUAAGAAGUGUCUAUUCUUAGGAGAAUUAUUUUUGUCUUCAUUUUCUCAUUGUCUGAGAAGAACAUUUCAGUGGAUACAAAACUAACAGGGAAAUAAUCUCAGCUGCCACUGUAUAACCAAUAUAUCUGGAAAAAGAAACCCUGAACACACAAAUUAACAUUAAGAUUAAAAGCAACAUUUUGAAAAGAUCUUGCCACUGUUUACCUGAAGAUUCUCCCCUCUCCAGAAAAAAAAAUAAUCCAACAGUCCAUACUCACUGCCUUCCCUUGUUAUAACUUUAAAAAAAAAAAUCCAUAGCGCUUUCCCAGAAAAAAUCUAAUAAUUGAUUAUUAAUAAUUGAGGUGUUAUCAUUUUUCAAUCUUAUUUUAUUCAUCAACAGAUGGCCAUAGGUUAUUAAGAAUAUGAGAGAGUUUAGUGUCAGGGUAGAAGAGAGAAAUUCAGUUUUUAUAACCUGAGAGAGAAAGGAGAAAAAUGUUCUUAUUUCUGGCCCAGGAUCCAAAAUCACUAUUUAAUCAAUAAACAACAGUAAAAAAAAUCCAACUCAUAAACAUUAUAAGAGGGAGGGGGGAUUCAUAGCCUUCAUAUUAAAUACCACAAAUUGGUAUAUCAUCAUGUCAGUCAGAAGAAAGGGACAUGAAAUCUCCAGCAUCACAUGAGACUCCAAGGUUGAUUAUGAGAAUAUUCCUCAUUUGCUCUGGAAAAUACAGUGUAGACUAGGAGGGCCCCAGAUUCACAGUGCUAUAUAGUCUCUCUGUGUCCCACAUUAUGUUCACAUAUUUGUCUUUCUUGUCGAAACCCUUGUCCAUUUGAGACUACCCAUUAUGCCUUUUUAAGUGAUAAUCAAAUGCAUUAAUGGAUCUGGAAGAGCUGUGAAUGCACAAAUUCUGCCCUCCCAAAACACUACUCCAUGGCAGAAGUGAAAUGUUGGCCUUUAGAGCCACAGCCUAUAAUUCAGAAUUGUUUUUUGUAUUUAUUUGCUCCCAAAGAUUUGUCCAUUGGGAAGCUCUUUCUGAAAUGGCACAUUAUUUAUUUUUUCAAAGGGACUGUGCUGAACAGAAUUGUAAAAAGGCAAAGAGAACACUCAUAUACCAUCUCGGUUUUUGUUUUUAAGACAAAGCUCAGCUCAGAGAUAUAUUGUGACAUGGCUAUGUAUUUGAUCCUGUUAUCCGUCAUGUUUCCUAUUUGAAGUUUUAGAAAAUGGCAUCCCUGUGAUCAAAAUAUUUUCUUUUCCCUUCCUCUUUUGCUACAAAAUGUACAGUAAAAACAACUUAUU